AUGAAGAUAUCACGGACCAUGAGUCAAAUGAUGGAGGAAUACGAGUCAAAUGAGAGUGAAGACAAAAGAAGUUCGAUUUGGAGUAAGGCAGUAAGUGUUGGGAAGAAGGUUCUUACAGCUGGUGUUGUAGUGUCUUCAGCUCCACUCCUUUUUCCUCCGCUUAUUGUCGCCUCUACCAUCGCCUUCAUCUCCUCGGUUCCGUUUUGUCUCUUCUUGGCUAACUAUGCUUGUACUCAAAAGGUCAUGAGUAGUCUGCUUCCUGCUACUGAAGAAAGAGGUGAAAUUGAGAAUGAUGAAUCUGGAUUUCAGUAUCAUAAGAUUGGAGUUGAUGAGUAUAAACCUUGGAUGGCUACAACUGAACCGACUGACGAAGAUGAGGAGAUGGCGAAAGAGUCAACAAGCUUGAUAGAGAGAAUUAGGGAGGAAGGUCGAGCUGAUAGAAGAACCAUUAAUAAAGAAGUGCAAGAUGGUGAAAAUUCGGAAAAUGCCAAGUCAGAGAAGGUUCAAGAUCAGGCUGGAGAGAAGGAAGCAACUGAAACUGGACGUCAAGGGGAACUUGGGGCCACAACAAAUGAAACUUUUAAGGGAAAGGAUGAGGAAACAUCUUCAAAUGAGCCGGUAGACCAAGCAGUAAUUGCGCCAAGUGGAACCAGGGAAGAGAAACGAAAAAACACAACUAAGAAAAAGAAAAAAACCGGGCGCGCAGUGGAUCUAUCCAAUGGUUUAAGAGGAACAUUUGCAUUUUUGCAGGUGUACAGUGAGGAGCAAAUGUGGGAGAAGAUGGAAGCGUUAAGGAAGGUAGUAGGAUACAGUGUUGCAAGGAGUGACACAUACGCAGAGGAUUUGAAAACUCUUUAUGUUUUCACCGGUGUCGUCGAGCCUCCUCGGUCACAGUUGAUGAACCAGGACGGUCAUGCUAUUGCAAAUGUUAGUGUUAGACUUCGUUUCCUAAUGUCUGUUAUUGGAAUAAACUAG